AAAAGCUUAUAUAACCCCCACGCAUACUAUUAUAUAUCCACUCCAUCUCUGCUAGCUCAACUCCAUCUCCACCGCCGCCGCCGAAUUCAAUUGAAUUAGUGAAGAGUGGUGCCGGAAAAAAAAGUUGUGAGAGGGGGAUUUUAAUGGGAAGGUCUCCUUGCUGCGAAAAAGCUCACACCAAUAAGGGAGCUUGGACCAAGGAGGAAGAUGAGAGGCUUAUAGCCUACAUUAAGGCCCACGGGGAAGGCUGCUGGCGCUCCCUCCCCAAGGCUGCCGGCCUUCUCCGCUGCGGCAAGAGUUGCCGCCUCCGCUGGAUCAACUACUUGCGCCCUGACCUCAAGCGCGGCAACUUCACCCACGAAGAAGAUGAGCUUAUUAUCAAACUCCAUAGCCUCUUGGGCAACAAGUGGUCGCUUAUCGCCGGAAGAUUGCCGGGAAGAACAGAUAACGAGAUAAAGAAUUAUUGGAACACCCACAUAAGAAGGAAGCUUUUGAGCCGAGGGAUCGAUCCCACCACCCACCGCCCUAUCAACGGCGGCGCAGAGCCGCCUAAAGAAACCACCAUUUCUUUCGGCGCCGUAAAACCAGAAGACGCCGAGAAUAACAAUUCGAUUCCCGGCAAGGAUUCGGAACCCAAAAAAGAAGAAAAUAAAGAAGAAACAUUAUUAUUCAAGAGUGAAGAGCCGCAGGUAGCAGAAGCGUGCCCGGACUUGAAUCUUGAGCUGAGAAUCAGCCCACCGUCGUCCGAAGAAACACGGCCGCCGCCAUUGCCGUUAGAAGCCGCCAAAUCAGGCGGCGGCGGGAGGGUCAACGGGCUGUGCUUUGCAUGCAUUCUGGGUAUACCGAACAGCAUCGACUGCACUUGCAACAACAAUGAAGAUUACAGCAGCGGCAGCAGCAAUUAGCAGUUAAUAGUGGUGGCUAUUUGGCCUUGCCUUGCCUUGGAUGGACUACGGAGAUUUGGGGGAUAUUUUAUUUUAUGCAAUCAUCAUCCAAUUUUCAUCUUGUAUAGGUAGGACUAAUAUUUAAUCCCAAUGCCAAUAUUAGCACCACCACUACAAAAACAAAUACAUACCAUACAAAACUUUAAUGUACCAUCGCUUACUAUACAUUAUAUUGUCCCCAUUAUAAUAUAUGAUGGAUCAUAUUUGCUAUUCACAA